UAAGGCUGGAGGCACAAAGGCGUCCAUUGAUGACACAGAGUGGCAGUGGUGUAAAACCUCGUGGAAAGCAAUGUCUCUAAUUCAAACAGCAGCAUUUUGGAGAGAAGGCAACACAAGAAGUCUGAACUGCCAGGACACAGAGACGGAGACCUGACUCAACAUGAAGUUAUCUGUUGCUCUGGCUCUAGCAUGCAUUCUUUCACUCACCACAGCCCAGGUUCCCCACUGGGGCCCGUGUCCAGAACCUGCCGUUCAACCUGGUUUCAACCUCAGACAGUUCAUGGGCCGUUGGUUUGAAAUUGAAAAACUCCCAGCUCAGUUUGAGAAGGGACGCUGCAUUGAGACCAAUUUCUCCAUGAGAACGGACAACUCCAUACGUGUGGUCAGCUCUGAAAUCCUUAAAGGAGAGCUGAGAAAAAUUGAAGGCACUGGCGUCAUCGAGGACAUGAAGAAUCCAGCCAAACUGGGAAUCAGCUACUCCUACGUGCUGCCCUUCUCUCCUUACUGGAUUCUGUCCACUGACUAUGUGAACGUGGCCCUAGUCUACUCCUGCACUGACAUCCUCAGGCUCUUCCACGUCGACUUUGCCUGGAUCCUGGGCCGAACAAGAACCCUCCCUGAAGCCACGCUGCAAAAAGCUAGGGAUACCUUCUCUAACAAUAACAUCGAUGUUACUAGAAUGAUUACCAGUAAACAACAGGGUUGUGACAAAACCCUCUGAGCAAUAUCGCAAACGCACCACAAGACGGCGCUGUUGUUGAUAAGGUAGCAGAGGAGCGCUCCUUUUGGAUGAAUCCUUUCACUCAAACGUGUUGUGUCAACUGUUAAGUAGUUUGUGUUGUUAGGGAACAGUUUUUUCCUAAUUUUGAUAAAUAUAAUGCGGAUGUUUUAAUGCAAAACAUAUAAAUAUAAUAGUUUUUUCAGUUAUUGCUGCUUUGGUGAAUCUAAAAAGUGUCUUUCUGCUUUUCUUAACAUCUUAAUAAAGGAAGUCAAUAUUUUUUAACCCUAGUAGGUAAAAUAAAACUGAUGCUGCCACAUUUGACACAGCUUUAUUUUUCAAUGGUUUAGUUAAUAAAACAAAUUUCCCCUUGA